GAACCGGACAAGCAGCCCACCCUCCUCUCUGGCCUCUGCUGUGAGGUCCCGCGCCCCGCCCCUAUGACCAACAUGAGCUGGAGCUUCCUGACGCGGCUGCUGGAGGAGAUCCACAACCACUCCACGUUCGUGGGCAAGGUGUGGCUGACCGUGCUGGUCGUCUUCCGCAUCGUGCUCACGGCCGUGGGCGGCGAGGCCAUCUACUCGGACGAGCAGGCCAAGUUCACGUGCAACACGCGGCAGCCCGGCUGCGACAACGUGUGCUACGACGCCUUCGCGCCGCUGUCGCACGUGCGCUUCUGGGUCUUCCAGAUCGUGGUCAUCUCCACGCCGUCCGUGCUGUACCUGGGCUACGCCGUGCACCGGCUGGCGCGCGCCCCGCACGCCCCGCGCCGCCGCCGCCGCCCCGCGCGCGCGCCGCUGCCGCCGCCGCCGCCGCCCGGCUGGCCCGAGCUGGGCGACGAGGAGCCCAUGCUGGGCCCGGGCCUGGACGACGACGACGACGACGACGACGCGGGCGGCGGCGGCGGCGACGGCGACGGCGCCGGCGGGGACGCGGUCGAGGCCAAGGGCGCGGGCGCGGGCGCGGGCGCGGCGCCGCACGACGGGCGGCGGCGCAUCCAGCGCGAGGGCCUGAUGCGCGCGUACGUGGCGCAGCUGGUGGCGCGCGCCGCCUUCGAGGUGGCCUUCCUGGUGGGCCAGUACCUGCUGUACGGGCUGGAGGUGCGCGCCUCCUUCGCCUGCGGCCGCCGGCCCUGCCCGCACGUGGUGGACUGCUUCGUGUCGCGGCCCACCGAGAAGACGGUCUUCCUGCUGGUCAUGUACGUCGUCAGCGGCCUCUGCCUGCUGCUCAACCUCUGCGAGAUGGCGCACCUGGGCCUGGGCAGCGCGCAGGACGCCGUGCGCGCCCGCCGCCCGCCGCCCGCCGCGCCCGCGCCGCGCCCGCCGCCCUGCGCGCUGCCCGCCGCGCCCGCCGGUCUGGCCGGGCCGCCCGACUACAGCCUGGUGGUGCGCGCGGCCGAGCGCGGGGCGCGCCGCGACCCCGGCCUGGCCGGCCUGGCGCUGCGGGCGCUGCGCGACGGGGGCGGCGGCCGCCGCGACCUGGACCUGGGCCUCGGGCUGCCCGCCGCCGCCUCCAGGCCGCCCGCGCGCCCCGCGGCGCCCGCCUCGGGCUCGGGCUCGGGCUCGGGCAGCGCCGCGUCGGGGGGCGCCAAGGCCCGGGCGGGCUCGGAGAAGGGCAGCGCCAGCAGCCGGGAGGGCAAGACCACCGUGUGGCUCUGA